AUGAGGCGGAAGGAUGCCCGGGGGGGCGCCCCCGGCGGGGGGGCCCGGGUGGUGAAGAAGAGGAAAGCCAUCACCCUGGAGCAGAAGCUGGACGUCAUCAGGCGCUACGAGAGGCACGAGAGGACCUGUGACAUCAUGAAGGCCACGGGCUUCGCCGAGGGCACGCUGCGCACCAUCCGGGCCAACGCGGAGAAGAUCAAGGAGCACUGCACCGCGGCCACGCCGGUGAGCGCCUGCCGGAGCGCCCGCACCCGGCCCCAGCGCAUCGAGCGGAUGGAGAAGCUCCUCAGCGCCUGGAUCGAGUCCCAGAUCGUGGGGGAGUCGGGGACCGUGCUGCUGACGCUGAACCAGUCCAUCCGGCAGAAGGCCCUGGCCAUCUACGAGGACCUGCGGGCCAGCUACCCCGACGAGGAGGCCCUGCCCUUCAGCGCCAGCUCGGGCUGGUUCGCCGGGUUCAAGAACCGCUACCUGUACAACUGGCACAACAUCCGGCCCGCGGGGGGCGCCGCGGGCGAGGAGGUGGCCGCGGGCGUGGGGGCGGCCCUGGGGGUGGGGGCCGCCGCCUGCUUCCCCAGGGUCCUCAGGGAGGUCGUGGAGGAGGGCGGCUACUCCCCGAAGCAGGUCUUCAACCUCGACGACUCGGGCCUCUUCUGGAAGAGGCUGCCGGCCCGCACCUACCUCUCCAGGGAGGAGGCCGCGGCCCCGGGGUUCCGGGCGGCCCGGGACAGGGUGACCGUCAUGCUGGGGGCCAACGUGCACGGCGACUGCAAGCUGAAGCCCGUCGUGGCCUACCACGCCGCCAACCCGCCGGCCCUGAACGGCCUGGUGAAGCACCACCUCCCCGUCCACUUCCGGCCCAGCAGGCGGGGGCGGGUGACGGGCAGCAUCUUCUCCGAGUACUUCUCCGGCCCCCUGCACGACGAGCUGCGGCUCUACUGCCGGCGGGAGAACAUCGCCUUCAAGAUCCUCCUCGUCCUGGACCACGCGCCCGGCCACCCGCCCUGCGUGGCCGAGCUGUCGGAGAACGUCAAGGUCAUCUUCCUGCCCCCGAACACGGCCUCCCUGCUCCAGCCCAUGGACCAGGGGGUCUUCACGGUCUUCCGCGUCUACUACCUCCGCCGCAUGCUCGGCGAGCUGAGGGAGGCCACGGCCGGCGAGGGCCGGCCCAGCGUCCGGGAGUUCUGGGAGGGCUUCAACAUCAAGAACGCCAUCGACCUCCUGGCCCUGGCCUGGACCGACGUGGCUCCCUCCUGCCUGAACGGCGGGUGGCGGAACCUGCUGCCCCAGAUGGUGGUCGACUUCCGCGGCCUCGACGGCCAGCUGGUCCUGCUCAGGCGGCUCCGGGCCCAGUGCGUCACCCUGGCCCGGGAGGUCGGCUUCGACGAGGUGGAGCUGGGCGACGUCGAGGAGCUGCUCGAGUCCCAUGGGCAGGAGCUGUCCGCCGAGGAGCUGCUGCAGCUGCUGGCCGAGGUCAAGGCCGAGGGCGCCGACGAGGAGGACGUCGACGAGGCCCCCUUCCGCGAGCUGACCCAGGCCGUCCUGUCCGACUCGCUGCAGCAGAUCGAGGAGGCCCUGUGCAUGCUGGAGGAGCACGACCGCAACGUGGAGCGCAGCGGCCGGAUCGUCCGCGAAGUCAAGAGCCUGCUGACCCCCUACACGGAACUCCUGAAGGAGAAAAACAAAGCGGCCAAAAAGAGGCGGCUGACCGGCACGGUCUUCUCGUAG